CACCAAGGGAAACGGCCGCUAUCCCGGGUAUACAUCAACGGCUAGCCUACGAAGCACACUCGAAAUUCGGGCUCUCGCAAGAUCCCAGGACGCGAUGAGCCUCAAGCGUAUAUAAUUGGCAUCUGUUCGUCAAAGGAUGCUCAGUCUCGCAACAACAUCCCUUCUACCUUUACCUAGUUCACCAUGUCCUCUCAAUCAUCAGCAAACACCAAGGAGUACGCCGGUCAUUGCCACUGCAAGAAGUUCAGCUAUACGUUCCCGUAUGCCCAAUUCGAAAACGGCGAACAAAACGCCCUCAGCUGCAACUGCUCCAUCUGCACGGCGAAGGGGUUGCUACUCCUGUAAGCCUUCAAGCAGUUUCCUAGCGGGCGUCGAGAAUGACCUGUUUGUCUUUCAGUCGAAUCCAGGAGAAGGACUUCAAGUUCACGUCCGGAAAGCUGGAAGAGCUCACCCGCUACACGUGGAAUACAGGCAAAUAUAGCCAUCACUUCUGCCCUGUAUGUGGGACAGAAGUCGCCGUGACGCACGACGACCUUGUCGUCGUCAACUUGCGCACAGUGGAGGGUGUUGACUUGACCAAGUUGAAGCUGCAGUACUUUGAUGGUGCUAACCUCCUGUAAUACAGCGAGGGGAACGUCGGCAGAUGAUCUGUGAUUUUCCUGCUCGGAAGGAUACGAUCAUGAUUACUUACCGGACAGGAUGUUCAUGUAUUUCAUGGUUCUUGCGCGCUCGAAAUCACUGUUAUAAUUGGUUUCUGGC